UAUUGGAAAAGAAGUUAACAGCGUUGAUGUUAAAAAUGUGAAGGCAAAAAAAGAAACAGAAGAGGAUACUAAAAAUCCAACUGAAGAAUGUUAUGACAUUGAAGAAGUUUCAACUUACACUGAUUCCAGCACUUUCUUGAAGGGUACUCAAAGUGCUAACCCUCAUAAUGAUUAUUGUCAACAUUUUGUUGAUACUGGUCAAAGACCUCAAAAUUUCAUCAGAGAUGUUGGUCUUGCAGACAGAUUUGAAGAAUAUCCAAAAUUAAAAGAACUUAUUCGUCUGAAAGAUGAACUAAUUGCAAAAACAGCAACACCACCUAUGUAUUUGAAGUGUGAUUUAGAAACUUUUGAUAUGAGAGAAUUAAAUAGCAAAUUUGAUGUCAUAUUAGUAGAGCCUCCACUUGAAGAAUAUCAACGUACUUAUGGUGUGACAAAUAUGAAAUUUUGGACUUGGGAUGAGGUAUUGAAUGAAUUCAUUAAUAAAUUCAAUUUAGAACAUUGCUUAAUGGGUAUUAAGGGGACGGUUCGACGCAGCACCGACGGUGAUUUCAUCCAUGCUAAUAUUGACAUAGAUUUGAUCAUAUCAGAGGAACCCGAAUAUGGAAGUAUAGAAAAACCAGAAGAGAUAUUCCACAUCAUUGAACAUUUCUGUUUAGGCAGAAGGCGACUGCACAUUUUCGGAAGAGAUACCACGAUUCGUCCCGGAUGGCUGACGUUGGGACCCGAUCUAACCAACAGUAAUUUUAACAAUGAAACGUAUAAUUCUUAUUUUGGUAAAGGCUCCAACGACUAUCUGACGGGAUGUACGGAGAGAAUAGAAGCCCUUCGUCCUAAAUCUCCUCCACCCAAAGUUAAAGGAGGAGGAGGCGCUGGCGCCUCUUCUCGCGGAGGAUCUGCUCGAGGAAGCGGUGGUAGAGCCAAAAAUUUUGGUGGAAGAGGAAGAGUAUCGCAUCGCGGAAGAUAACAAACUUCGCAUUUAGUUUUCUUAUUUAACUCGUUGGUCCCAUUUAAAUUUUUUUUUGCAUUGACGUGAGAAUAUGAUUCUAAAAAAUGAUUUGAAAAUAAUAAUACGAAGUGGAGAAAAAAUGUAAAUUAAAUCAUUUUUCUGAUAAUU